UUAGACGAUUUUACAUGGGUACAAAGGAUUAAUGUUGCCUUUGCAUUUGCCUGCCUCCUCAAGUUCUUACAAGCUAGAUUAGGAGACCUUGAUCCAUUUGUGAUUUGCAAUUUGGCUGCAGAACAUGUGUUAUUGGAUGAGAAAUACAACCCGAAGUUGGUUGAUUUCAGCAUGAUAACAGGUGGAAUAUUUCCAAAUAGGCACGUAUAUUCUUUUCAACCUUCUUUUGGAUGCUUGGUUUACAAAGACCCAGACUUAUUUCAAGACUUGCCAGCUCAAAUAGCAACCUGGACAAAAAAGAGUGAUGUUUAUGCAUUUGGUGUUAUGCUUCUAAGCCUAGUUUCCAAAAAAAUCAUCACGGAAGAAAUGUAUUGUAUGGGUGAGAUUUCUGUAUGCGAAUGGGCACAUGAAAAAUAUGAGCUUUGCGAAUCAUUGGUUCACGAGAGCUUGCAGGAAGAUCCAUGUUUCUAUGAUGUUGAUGGGAAAAAGUUUUCAAUGAUAGGUGUGCUUUGUACAUCUGAUAAAUGUCAAGAUCGGCCGUCAAUAAAGGAAGUUGUCAAUAAACUAUUACAUCUGCGUGUUCUUCAGAAUCAAAAAGAACUUUUGAUCAAGAAACUCUACCCCUACUUCUCUUUUGAUAUGGGGAAGAACAAGAAACCAUUUAGCGAUAUGAAGUAUAGAGAUACCCAAAUAGAUGAUUUCACCGAUUUAUGAUGAACGAUAUCGAGAGAUUCACUGUUCGCCGCUUGAAAUACUUCACUAACAAUUUCAGCAAAAAGAAUUACAUUGGAAAGUUUCAGUUUGGCAAAAUCUUCCGUGGAGUUCAGGAGUGUUGCGUUAGUGGGAACAGUUACCUCAUUGUUAAGAUAUGGGACAAUGAUCAAGACCGAGAACAUAAUUUACUCAGACUAGGGGUACGGUUGUUUAUGAAUUUUAUUUGUUGAACAUAUAAAUUUUAACUACAACAAUCUUGCUUACAGGAUGAAAUGUUACUAUUACAUCAUGAAAUGUAUAUAUGCCAUCCUGGGAUGGUUAGGAUGAUGGGUUACUGCAUUGAAGAUGGACAUAUUGCCAUUGUAUUGUUCGUGAAGUCUAAGAAUUCCAUGCAAAAUCUCUU